AUGUCAUGCCCCCCCCGGCUUCAAAGUCUGGGGGAAGCAUACAUCACCAUGAAGCUGACUGCCCUCGCCGCCGUCGCCAUCCUCCCCUCCAUCGUCGUCGGCGGCGCCGCGGACGCGCCCCCCCAGACCGCACACCUCCUCUUCCGCGGCCCCGACGCCAAGCCCCUCUACAGCAUGUCCGUCCUCGCCGACGGCGCCGUCCGCGCCACGAGCGACGCCGAUUCCGCCGUCUCGCUGAUUGACGCGCCCGACUACAACGCCGCGGUGCUGUGCGACCUCGAGUUUGCGCUGCCGCCGGGCGCGCGCCAGCCCGAGCACGAGUUCACCGUCGGCGCCGACGGCCACACCGGGCAGGUGCAGAUCACGCCGCCGACGCCGGUCCGGGGGAUCCGCUGCCAGGGAUCGUGCGUCGAGACGCUGGGGACGUGCAACGGCGCGAGCGGGCAGGCGCCGAAGCUGUGCUGCAACGGGUACUGCGCAGCCAACCUGUGCCGUCCGUGGGAUGGUGUCUGA